AUGGCGUCCAAGACCAGUCGAAUAUGCUCUUUUUUCCGUCAGAUUUCGCGCAAUCCUACCCUGCAAGCGCCGCAGCAACGAUGGAAUUCAUACAGUCGAUUUGCGGAAAGAAGCCAACGUGAAUCGAUGAAGAAGCAGGCCAUGAAGGAAAUUUUUGAAAGGCAGGCCAUCCAACAGCAACGAGCCCGUGCUUUAGAAAGGCAGCAAAAGCGCUUUUGGGAGACUGGCGAUGUGUAUUCGCCGCACGACCUGAGCCCUGCAGAAAUGAAGAAAUGGAAGAGCAAGAAAAGACCGUCAACUGACGCAUUCGAUGCGUUAUCCCUGAACCCUCUCCAUCUGUACAAGAAUUUUGCCGUCAUGUCUGAGUAUGUAACCGAGAUGGGCCGCAUCAGACACUCCUCCGAAACUGGAUUACGACCGGUCAACCAGCGCAGGAUAUCCAAAGCCAUUCGACGCGCUAUAGCCCUGGGGCUUAUGCCUAGCGUUCACAGACAUCCCGAAAUUCUGGCUGCGGAGGCCAGAAUGAAGAUACAACGAGGGCUGAUCCCUUGA